AACCUCAACCAGCAGCAUCCAUGGCUUCGCCGGUAGAAGACGAUGUCUUCGAGAAGCUGAAAAAUAAGACAAAUCACAAGCAAGAGGACGAUGACCUCAAUGCGCGGAACUUUGCCCAGCAUCAGCGGUCGCAGGAGAGGCUCGCCGAGCUCAUCGACGACAACACCAGCCUGCCCGUCACCAUCUCUUCGGUCCGCGUCCUCCAUGCCAACCGCACGCGACGAAGCUUCCUGGAGCGCGUGGUCAACCCCAUACUGAGUGCAAAUCGAGACGAGCAAUUCACUUUGGAGGAGGCGCUGAAGGAGGUUGGAAAAGCGACGGACAAGCUGAAUCGCUUUGGCAUCUUCAAGUCACCCAUAUCCGUCUUUCUCGAUCGACCCGACCCAACGAACCCUACCUCGUCCCCUACCGACGUCGAUGUCUACAUUUCAGCUCAAGAGCGCGGCUCGUAUACGAUCAAGACGGGUACUGAGGUUGGAUCUUCGGAGGGAGACGCCUAUAUCAAUGCGGAACUUCGCAACUUGUUCGGUGGCGCAGAGACACUGAACGCAAAUGCUUCGCUUGGAACGCGCACACGAUCUGCCUACUCACUUGCUUUCGACAGCCCGAUUCUAGCCAAUCCGGAUUUCAAGUUCCAGCUCAAUGGCUUCGCGAGCUCCACGUUGAAGAGCUGGGCAAGCCACGAGGAGGUGCUGCGUGGUGGAAAUUCUAAGCUUCUGUGGAGGACGAAGAACGGUCAUCAGCAUGAGUUUGGCUACUCCGGCAUCUUGCGCCAGGUGACGAGUCUGGCAGAGAAUGCGUCUCCGACCGUUCGGGCAGAGGCGGGCAACUCUUUCAAGUCCAGCCUUACGUAUUCUUGGAUCAACGACAAGCGGGACAACCCGAUGCUGCCGCAACGAGGAUACCUCGCCAAGUCAGUGUCUGAGCUCGCAGGUUAUGGGCCACUCAAGGGCGAUGCAGCCUUUUUCAAGUCUGAGGCUGAGUCGCAGAUAGCACUGCCGUUCGGCGAUACUGGCAUCACUCUGACUGCUGGCCUACGUGGUGGCCUGCUGUACCCUCUCGCACUUGGCGGAAGCGGCGCUCCUCAACCGUCCCGCAUCAACGACCGGUUCCAGCUCGGCGGCCCUACCAGCGUCCGCGGUUUCCGCCUUUGCGGUCUUGGACCCCACGAUGGGUCAGACGCUGUUGGCGGCGACGUUUUCGCGGCAGGUGGAGCCUCUCUGUUGUUCCCCGUGCCCAAGGUUGGCAAGGAUACUCCUCUGCGUCUUCAAGCCUUCAUCAACGGUGGCCGUCUGCUCUCCCUCAAGAACCCCAACAAGGAGGCCCCCAUGGACGCUGAUACUGUACAAAGCAGCAUGAAGAAGACGCUCGCCAGCCUGCGCGACGGUUUACCUAGCGCUGCGGCUGGUUUUGGCCUAGUGUAUGCCCACCCGAUUGCAAGAUUCGAGAUCAACUUCAGUUUGCCUUUAGUGAUCAGGGCAAAGGAAGAAGCGAGGAAGGGACUGAGCUUUGGAGUGGGUGUGGAAUUCUUGUAGUAACAUGCGAACUAGCGGGCAAUGUAGAUAUUGUACGAGUAGGAAAGCGCAGAUAGACCGCCUCGGCCUUCGCACAAUUCUCUUCACUAUGUCACUCUGUAUGGGUGGAGGGCUUCCCUUGAGGUCCUCAAUGCUCAACCUCUGCCUUGUCCGUACAGCUACUUCUUCUUAGCUGAUCAGCACCUCGAACGGCUUCGUCAUUUCAGAGCCCUCAUUGCAUCAUUGGACCUCCUAGUCCUGUACUCUGUUGA